AUGAAGUUUAUUGCAGUCGCCCCCUUAUUUGCGGCCGUGGCGCUGGCCUCAUCUUCACCUCCAGCUCUUAUACCUACCGGAAUCAGUGCCAACUGCACCCAAUUCUUGACCACAUUCAACGCAGACACGAGCCUGUCGAGCUGUACAUCCCCUCUCAUCAGUGCGACUUCGCAAUUUGGGCCCAACGCCAGCGACAGCUCAGACCCCAGCGCGUCCACCGUCGAAAGCUCACUGGGAACCCUUUGCGGCUCGACUUCCGCGUGCUCUUCCUCGUCGAUUCGCACUUCUAUCGCAUCAUUCUACGCAGCAUGCACCACUGAGCUCACCUCAAGCCCAAAUGCAGCAGUACAGCGGACGUACGAUGUGCUAUACUCUCUCAUCCCGCUCUCGCAGGCGAUGUGCAGCAAAGAUGACAAUGGCAAGUACUGCGUGCUUGAUAUCUCAUCUGCGGGCACAAAUUCCUCUGGCGUGAACAACGGCGCAUCCUCGUCCAGUGGCGCAUUCUCCUCCAUUUCGUCGUACCUCUGGAGCUCGGCCUCGAGCACAACUCCAUCUGUCUCGAAGCGUCAGUCGUCUUCGUCGCAGGCACCCAUCUCGAUCGUCCCCAACGUCACCACGUUCAGCGAAAAUAACAUCCUCUUCCUUUUCCUGUCUCCGAACCUCUCGUCUUCGGAACUCUGCACGACGUGCACGCGCAACAUCCUCACUUCUUACAUUGCAUUUGAGACUGACGUCCCGUAUGCGCCCGGCAUAAACGAGAGCCCUCUCAUGAAGGGCCAGUCUGCUCUCUAUGAGGCCGUCCAGAACACCUGCGGCGCGGGCUUCCUCAGUGGCGCUGCGGAGGCAGCAGGUUCGCUUUCCGGUGGACUUCUCGGCUCGGGUGCGCCCAAGACGAUUGGCACCAGCACAACUGCUAUUUGUAUCGCCAUGGGAACGGUCUUCUUGGGACUGGUGGCGAUUUUGUAG